GGUGCGGAGUUGCUAUUUGUCCUUCCGGUAAAGACAACUUCAGGGGAAAUGACAUUCUUCAGCAAUUUUAAACCGCCGUUUCCUCAAAUUCCAGAUGAUGGUUUAGUAGAAACAGCACCGUUUCUAACAUCAGCUAGACAGAUCUUACCAUUUUUUGAUGCAAUGGGAACACCAUUCAAACCAGUGAAAUUGGACAUAGAAGGAAAUGUAAUAAAACUAGAGAAAAAAUAUGCACAAAAUCCAGACAGAUUUAGGACACUUUAUGGCAUGUUGGAACAAGAAAUUCAAACAAAAACAACACAGGCUAAAGAAUCAGCAUCCACAGCUUUGUUGUGGUUAAAAAGGGCCCUUCAAUACACAUAUACCAUGCUGAAACUGGUCCAUGAUGAUCCCACCAAGUCUGAGAAUAUGGUGUCCAUAUUUAAACAGGCAUAUGAACAAACACUAAAACGAUAUCACAACUGGUUUGUGAUGAAAUUGUUUACGGUUAUGUGCCAUGCAAUUCCAUACAGAAAAGAUUUAAUUAAAUCAGGCUUCUGUUAUGGCAAGGAUAUGAAUGAAGAGCAGGUCAUGACUGAUUUAGAUGAAUUUUUAAGGACUCUUGCUCCUGUACUUGACAAUAUUGAUGCAAUGCUGAAGAGAUUAAACUUAGACUCGAAUGAAAAAGUAUAAUCUCAAAGAUCAUUCAGAUUAAGGGCAACUAUCACCUUCUAUACAAGUACUGUGUGAAACAAAUAAUGGUAUUUGUAUGGGCUUAGCCUUCAUUUUCUUUGUCAAAGAGAUCUGGAUGGUGAGAAAAAUAACUUGAUGACUAUCACUGUGCCAGUUGCGAGGAUGCAAUUGAUGUAUUGGAGAAGGGGAGUGGAGGCAUUCACACAUAAUGAUACAGCUGAUAAUAUGAUAUGCAUUUCACUGGAUAUGUGGUAUAUGGGAACAUUGCAAUUACAAAAAUCUGUAUGUGCACAACCAUUAUGGAUAGGAAUUUUCAUUAGUUGGGGGGUUUGCUCCUUUUUACGUGUAAAAGAGGGUCUAGAAAGUUGCUAAGUUACGUCUUAUGAGAUUGGGGAGGGGGUUCAAGGUAGGGGAGCAAUUUUUUAUGACGUUUAUUUUUAUCUGGUACGAACUAUGUAAAGAGACAUGGCUUUGUUGUUUAACUUAAUUUUUUUUUUUUUUCAUGCAAAUUAUGUGACUGAAGAAUAAUGUGGUUUUCAAAUUUACCAAAUUUCAUGAAUUGAUAGCUCAAGCAGAAUUCCAUCAGUGUAUAUUUGCCACUCUGGUUAAGUGACAACAGAUCCCACUUCUUGAGCCAUGCACUGAUACAUUCUGAUAAGUUUUUGAAGCUGUAAAUCAGUUGUAAACAAAAUUUUGGCAGGGGAUCUUCUGAGGGUAUCUUUCAGUGUGUGGAUCAGUUGUUGGAGGUAUUUUUAAAUAAAAUCAAGGAUGAAUUUUAAAGAAUUUAUUUUAUACAACUUA